CAGCAACGGAAUCGAGCCUCCAGCUGUAAAACGAGACGGGACCGUCUGUGCAGAGCCCCGCCAUCAAUACCGCGUGAAGAGUGGUGAUAACAGAUUAACACACACGCAUACAUAUCUUUUUUCUUUACAAUGCCCGUGGAUUUAAGUCAGUGGAACGGAUCCCUUGCUCUCAGCGAGGUGGAGGAGAAGCCUGCGCACCCCCUCGUCGUGAAAUAUGGCACCCUCGAAAUAGACGAGCUGGGCAAAGUUCUUGCACCAACGCAGGUGCAGAAGCGGCCCACGAGCCUCGAGUGGGAAGGCUGCGACCCGGGCAAGCUGUACACACUGGUCUUGACGGAUCCCGAUGCUCCCAGCAGGAAAGACCCCAAGUUCCGUGAGUGGCAUCACUUUCUGGUGGUAAACAUGAAGGGGAAUGACGUUGCGAGUGGAUGUGUCAUGUCCGACUACAUCGGCUCAGGCCCUCCAAAAGGCACUGGUCUUCACCGCUAUGUGUGGCUGGUUUACGAACAGCCAGGCCAGAUAUCAUGCACUGAACCUGUUCUCACCAACUGCUCCGGAGACAAGAGAGGGAAGUUCAAGAUCUCGGCUUUUCGGAAAAAGUACAAUCUGGGUGUCCCAGCAGCAGGGACCUGCUACCAGGCCGAGUGGGAUGAUUAUGUUCCUAAACUGUAUGAACAGCUCUCAGGAAAAUAAAAAAAAAAAAAAAAAAAAAAAAGCAUUGGAAAAA